AUGGCUGGAGGUAAGGAUUCGCUUUUUGGACACACUAUAUUUAUAGAUAAAAAGAGCAAGGAAAAGAGCACAGUCGCAGAGAACGAGUUUGUGAUCAAGUCGGAGUCUAAAAGCCCUGAAUUGGAUACUUCCCAGUGGCCACUGCUGCUUAAGAACUAUGACAAGCUGAACGUUCGUUCGUACCACUACACUCCUAUUCCUGUGGGAAAUUCUCCACUCAAUCGUCCCUUGAAGGACUACAUAUCCUAUGGUUGCAUUAACCUCGACAAGCCCGCCAACCCUUCCUCUCACGAGGUAGUGGCUUGGGUGAAGCGCAUAUUGCGCUGCGAGAGAACGGGUCAUAGCGGUACUUUGGAUCCGAAGGUUACGGGUUGUUUGAUCAUUUGCAUUGAUCGUGCUACCCGUCUUGCGAAGAGCCAGCAAGGCGCCGGUAAGGAGUACGUGUCGAUUGUGCGUCUCCACAACGCGAUCGACAACGAAAUGCAGUUAAAGCAAGCUCUGGAGAAGCUGACGGGCGCUCUGUUCCAGCGUCCGCCUCUGAUCGCUGCGGUGAAGCGGCAACUGCGUAUCCGCACGAUCUACGAGAGCAAGCUGAUCGAGUACGAUCCCAAGGAGCAGCUGGGAGCGUUCUGGGUGAGCUGCCAGGCGGGCACGUACAUCCGAACGCUCUGCGUGCACCUGGGUCUUCUGCUGGGCGUCGGCGGGCACAUGCAGGAGCUGCGCCGCGUGCGAUCGGGGAACAUAACGGAGAACGACGGGAUCGUGACGAUGCACGACGUCCUGGACGCGCAGUGGGUCUACGACACGCGCCGCGACGAGAGCUAUCUGCGCCGCGUGGUGCGUCCGCUGGAGAUUCUGCUGCUGAAGCACAAGAAGGUGGUGGUGAAGGACUCGGCGGUGAACGCGAUCUGCUACGGCGCGAAGCUGAUGAUCCCCGGACUGCUGCGCUUCUCGGACGGCAUCGAGAUCGGGGACGAAGUGGUGCUGAUGACGACCAAGGGAGAGGCCAUCGCGAUCGGCGUGGCGCAGAUGACCACGGCGGUGAUGGCGUCGUGCGAUCAUGGCAUUGUGUGCAAGCUGAAGCGAGUGAUCAUGGAGAGAGACACGUAUCCGAGACGGUGGGGAUUGGGACCGGUCGCGCAGAAGAAGAAGCAGAUGAUCGCGAGCGGACUGCUGGAUAAGAACGGAAAGCCGAACGAGAAAACGCCUGCGGAGUGGUACAAGGUGCAGCCGAAGGUGGAGGAAGAGAAGAAGGAGGAGGAAGAGAAGAAGGAAGAAAAGAAGGAGAAGAAAGAGAAGAAGGACAAGAGGGACAAGAAGGAGAAGAAGGAGGAGAAGGAGGAUAAGAAAGAGAAGAAAGAAAAGAAGGAUAAGAAAGAGAAGAAGGACAAGAAGGACAAGAAAGAAAAGAAGGAAAAGGAAUAG